CGAUCAUUUUUAGCCGACUCGACCCGUCCAAACCUAAACAACCCUCUUCUUCCCCUCUCAACCUUAACAAAAACUAAUAAUCCUCACAAACCCUCUCUCUCGACUCCGCGAUUCUCUCAUCGGUCUCGAUGGCUCUCCUUGCCAGGCAAUCGCACCGCCUCGCUCUGCUGGCCUCUUCCCAAAGAGCCGCCGCAUCGAUCCACACAACCCUCCCGGCGUUAGCGGAAGGCUUAUCCUCCCCGGCGCCCUACUCUCGACCAGGUCCACCUUCGACGGCUUCCCCGGAAGGUUUAUCAAAGACGGCGGAGUUCGUGAUCUCCAAGGUGGACGAUCUAAUGAACUGGGCACGUCGUGGAUCUAUCUGGCCUAUGACCUUCGGCCUUGCUUGCUGUGCCGUCGAGAUGAUGCACACUGGCGCUGCUAGGUACGAUUUGGAUAGGUUUGGGAUCAUUUUCAGGCCUAGCCCGAGGCAAUCUGAUUGUAUGAUUGUUGCCGGCACUCUCACCAACAAGAUGGCUCCUGCUCUUCGAAAGGUGUAUGACCAGAUGCCUGAGCCACGGUGGGUGAUAUCGAUGGGAAGCUGUGCAAAUGGAGGGGGAUACUAUCACUACUCCUACUCUGUUGUGCGUGGCUGCGAUAGGAUUGUCCCCGUCGACAUCUAUGUCCCUGGUUGCCCCCCCACAGCCGAGGCUCUCUUGUAUGGCCUUCUUCAGCUGCAGAAGAAGAUCAACAGGCGUAAGGACUUCCUUCACUGGUGGACCAAGUAAUAAGUAAAACACUUCCUACUUCCGCCACCCAAUAAGCUUUCUGUAUUUCUGCUUUUCCUGUUUAUUUCUUAUAACACAUAAAACCUUCUUCUCUUCACUGCUCUUUGUAUGUUUCUAUCCAUGAUUGUUGCUUUUGUUAAACAUCCGGAUUUCAUUGAAUAAGACCCACCUGAAACAAAA